GUGUUGUUUCGAGUUUUGAUUACCACAGAUCGGAACAGUGGUUUCUUCUGCUGGCAAUCUUCUUACGGAACAAUAAUAUUGUCAUUUUGAGUCUUGAGCAUAUUUGAGGGAGGUAAAGAGAGAAAGAGAGAGAGAGAGAGAUCUGAUGUGUGUCUCACUCUCGCAAGUCUCUAGAUUCAGAAUCCACUUAUUGGUAGGAAGUUCUUGCUGUGAACGUGUCCAUGGCUUGCUCAAGAACAACUCAAGCCCUAAGGUGCUUGACGUCAGAGCUUCCUCGGUUGAUGGUAAGAGCAGAUGGAUCAGAAGAAACGUGAGUACUACUACACAAGGUAGUAGAAGCAAGACCAAGAGCAGUGUGUUGGGAGGAGCAGUUCCCGUUACCAGGAUCAUAGAUGCAGAGAGCAGGACCAAGAUACAGCCUUGUGAAACUCUUCAGCAACGGCUAGCUGAAAACAAAGACCUGUCUAAACUCCUCACGGUUAUAGUCACUGAUCUUGAGACAACCGGCUUGAGUAGGGUAAAAGAGAGGAUUAUCGAAAUUGCAGCUCAGGAUCUAGCUGGUGGUGAGUACAGCACAUUUCAGACUCUCAUCAACCCGAAUGUUCCUAUAUCAAAUGCACAUAUCCAUGGAAUCAGGGAUGAUAUGGUUUGUAGACCCGAGGUUCCAAGGAUGGAAGAGAUGAUACCAAUAUUUCUGCGGUAUGUUCAGAGUCGACAGAAGCCUGGAGGCUAUGUGAUGUUUGUUGCACACAAUGGCAAACCAUUUGAUUUCCAGUUCUUGGUCAAUGAGUUUAACCGUUGCUCUUACGAGAUUCCUGAUAACUGGCUGUUUUUCGACUCACUCCCACUUGCCAGAGAGAUCAUGAAGUCUGUAGAUGCAACAGUCAGGCCAAAAUCGUCAUUAUCAGCUCUGGGGGAUUACUACAAGAUUCCAAGAGAUGGUCAAGCUCACAGAGCCUUGUCAGAUGUGUUACUCUUAUCUCGGGUGUUUCAAAAACUCACCAUUAGUUCUAAGCUCACACUCUCUGAUCUUGUCCUCCGCUGUCUCACCGCAAUCGAACUUACUACUGCCAUGGCAAAGAACAAGAAGCCCUGAAACAUUUUAGAACCAUUGAUCUCGUAGCUUCUUUUUGAUAUUGAUCUUUGUUUCUAUUGGUUCUCUAUAUAAUGGAUGUAACUCUGCAAAAUAUCUCAGUUAUGUAACCCAUUAUUUAAUUUAUCUUAGAAUCAUAAAAGUGAAAAAAAAACAGAUGUAUUUUCAUUACUCAGUAAUAAAAAUAUUCAAU